AUGACAUAUUAUGAAGAUCCUUUAAGCAAAGUUAAAUAUACCCUUGAUUUAGAAACACUUUAUCUUGCACCAUCAGAACUUACUAAUUUUGUCAUCAAAUCUCAAACAAAAUACAUUAGAGGUGAAACAACAAGUUCCUAUGCAUUUAUUGCAUGUAAAUCAACUCUUAGAUCAUUCUCUUUUGAAGAAAAUUCACAACUUCGAACCAUACAAAAUUAUGCAUUUUACCUCUGUGAAAAAAUUCAAAAUAUUGAUAUUUCGAAAUGCAAUCUUCUGCAAACAAUAGGUGAUCAAGCCUUUUAUGGCUGUUCCUCAUUAUCAAGCAUCAUCCUUCCAGAAUCUCUAACAUGGCUUGGAGUUGAUGUUUUUAUGAAUUGUAAUCUAUCAAGAAUUGAACUACCUGCAUCUCUGACAGCUAUACCUAAGAGAUGUUUUUAUAAUAAUUAUUUCAUGGAUACAAUUAUAAUUCCAAGCAACUCAAAAAUUACCUCUUUGGGCUAUAAUAUGUUAGCCAACACCUUACUCAGAACAUUUAAUAUACCAGCAUCCGUGAAUAAUAUUGAAAAUGGAUGCUUCGAAUAUGCCUUUCUUGAUAGUAUUACAAUAAGCUCAGGAAGUAAAAAUUUCAAAAUUGAAAAUAAUAUGAUCCUAACAAUAGAUGGUAAAUAUGCACUUGGGUAUCCGUUAAGAAUGACAGGAACAGCAGUUUUUCCAAAUGGUGUUAAUCAAAUUGUGUAUGCAUCUUUUGGCAGUACAUCAAUUUCUCAUGUUCAAUUUCCUGAUUCACUCCAAGUAAUUGCAGCCUAUGCAUUCUAUAAAUCAAAAAUUCAAGAUGUUUAUAUCCCAAAUUCAGUUACAACUAUCAAUUCUUACGUUGUUUCAGUAAGACUUUCUGAAAACCUUAAAUUUUCGGCUGAUUAUACAUUUCAAGAUGUCCCAUUCACAUCAAUAAAUUUUCCAAUCUCUAUUAAAUCAAUAGAUACAAAUUGUUUUGUGGGAUGUUCCAAACUUUCUGAAGUCACAUUGCCAGAUAAUAUUACUUAUCUUGCAGGAAACGCAUUUCCUAAAUCUACUAAAUUAAAAUUUGGAGUUAAUUCAAAUUUAUAUCUUGAUUCUCAACUCUUAAUUAUUGAUAAAAGUAAUCAAACAAUUAAUGGAUAUAUUGGAGAGAAUGUCGAAAAAGAAUUCGUAAUAUUAAACACAAUACAAACAAUAACAAGUUCUGUAUUUGAUGGAAGGGAUAAAAUAACAAAAAUUACAUUUCCAUGUGAUUCUAUGUUAAAAUCAAUAAAAAAUACUGCAUUUUGCAAUUGCCAUAAUCUACAAUUUGUGAAUCUCCCAUCAACAAUAAUUAGCAUUGGAUCAUUUGCAUUUUAUAACUGUUUUAGACUUGAAAGCAUUACAAUUAAUAACGCUCAAGAAUUGAAAUCACAUGCAUUUUAUGGAUGUUACAAUCUUAAGUCCAUAACACUAUCAUCUUCAACUAUUCCAGAAAUUUUUGAAUGGACAUUUUCCGCUUGUACUAAUUUAGUGAAUAUUGAACUCCCUUCUUCACUUGCAAGGAUCGAUGAUUAUGCAUUUAAAAAAUGUACAAAGCUAGAAAGUGUAGUAAUAAAUGGAAAUUCACUGAAUUUUAUUGGAAUCGAGUCCUUCUCAGAAACUAUUAUAAAGAAGUUUGAUUUCUCUAAAUGUGUAAAUUUUGAAAAUCUUGGAUUAAAAUCUAUUCAAGAUACUAUUUCUCUUUCAAUACUCAUUCUCCCACCAAAUAUUAAGAAAAUUUCUGAUAUGGCUGUUAGAAAUAGUGGAGUUAUAAAUAUCACUUUCCCACAAACACUUACAUCAAUAGGAAUAGAUUCAUUUUCAGAAUGUUUUUAUUUAGAAGAGAUCAAUAUCCCAGAAAAUAGUGCAUUGACAAGUAUUGGAAUUGGAGCUUUUAGAGGAUGUAUGAGGCUCAAAAAAAUAAAUUGCUUUUCAAACAGUUAUAGAGUUAUGACUGGAGCUCUAUUUACAUAUGAUUUAAUUUCAUUAGUUCUAUUCCCACCAGCAUCCGAAGUAACAUCAUUCUCACUACCUGGAGAUACUCGAUACAUUAAUGAAGGAGCCAUCCUUUCAUGUACAAAUUUAGUUUCAAUUUUCAUUCCUUCCGAUUCAAUUUCAUAUAUUUCUACAAGUGCAUUUGAAAGUUGUUCUAGCCUGACAUGGAUAAAUAUACCAAUAUGUGUAACUGGUGUUGGUGCAAAUGCUUUCAAAGGAUGCUCAAAAUUGAAUUGCGGAAUCAAAGUUGAAAACACGAGUAAGACAUACCUCGAAAAUUUGUUCAUUAACGCGAAGCUUUCUCAGCAAUCUGUAAAAAAUUGCAUUGGAAACAUAAUAACGCGAAAUUGUUUGUUCAAUACAAACAUUUUUUUCAUCUUCAUUGAUGAUGACUCAUGUUAUGAUUAUUAUGUAAAUUUUUAUUAUAUAAAAAUAAUAUUUAAUAUUUAA